AUGUCGUAUAUAUUUUUACUACGCACUUCUGAAUGGUUCUGGUGGUUAAAUAAUUUAAUAUGUCGAUCCCGACGCGGCAAGGACCAGAAGGAGACGCCGGUGACCCGGCGUGGCGCUUCCGUCUCGCACACCGCCCAAACGAAAGUUGUACCUCCCGAGCAGAACUUAUGUGUUUGCGAUUCGAUCGAUGAUCAGAUGAUCGAGCGCUUCUCCCAAAUCCCCGGCGGCGUCGACACGAACGAGUGGCUGGCGACGCAUACCCUGGCCCUGUUCGACCACGUCAACGCGUUAUGUGGCAGCAUAUCGGAAUUAUGCACGCCGGUGACGUGUCCGGCAAUGUCGUUUCCCGGCACGAGCAAAGCCAUCUUCGUGGACGAGCGAGGGAAACGGCACACCUACACGGCUCCCCAAUACAUCGAUUGCGUGAUGUCAUUUUGCGAGCAAAACUCUAAAAACGAGGACUUCUUCCCUACCAGAUACGGUUCAACAUUUUCGGGUGACUUCCAAGGGCACUGCCGACGGGUAAUACGGCUACUAUGGCAAUGCUGUGGCCAUUUGUACACAAAUCAUUGGGAUCAGAUGGGCGUUCUCGACCUUCGGCCACAAUGUGCAAUGGUGCUGGCGCACAUGUCGCAGAUCAGCAAAAUCUUUGGACUGCUCGAGCCCAAGGAUCAGCAGCUGGUCAACAACACCGUGCAGCUGAUCCGUCCCGCCUACGUCCCAGUGAUGCCACUCUCGACGAGGAGCCCCUCCACCCUACCACUAGGCGCGGAACCCCCACGCUACUCCCGGGUCCCCUCAUCAAAAUCAGGGUCCUGGGGCGGUCAUCCGACCACCCAAGUAUUAUCCGCCAAACCCUAUGCCCAGACGUGU